GUUUUAAAUUAAAAAUGUUAUUCUGUGCACAACUUAUUGUAAUUAUUGCGUCAAUCGGCUCAUUUUUGCGUUAAAACGCCUCGUUUCUGCGUCAACAACGAAUGCGAAACAGAACAGCAUAAUUGGCAAAUUGAAAAAAUUAACUUAAAGAUGCCGCAGCAACGUCGAAAACUACCUUUUAGCGGCAAAAAGAAGAAGGACCAAUUGCUACAAAAGCGUAGCACAAAAGGUCAGCCCAGCAACUUGCGGCGCAGCAAUCAAGAGUCUUAUGAGGACAGCGAUGCGCCGGAGACGACCGUGGAUCGAAAGCUUAUGGAGCAGCCGCUAACGCGUGCUGGGCGAAACAAGAAUGUCAACCGUUACAAUCUCCAAUUCGUUCAAGAAAGCAAAAAGGAGAUCGAGCUAAUGAAACAGGAGGGAUUCAAGCCGUUAGAUGUGCUGACCGACGCACAAAGGGAGAUUGAUGCACGCUAUUUUGAGAAUUAUGAUUUUCCUGUGCGACCACCUUGGACAUUUGACCAGAGCAAAGAGCUAUUGGAUCGAAACGAAAAUAGGUAUUUCAAGGAGUAUGUCGACGAGGUGCUGCAAAAAAAGCAGCGUAGCAAUAGCAAAGAAAUUUCCCUCUUUGAACUAAACUUAGAGACUUGGCGUCAGCUUUGGCGUGUGCUUGAGUUCUCCGACAUUUUGCUAAUUAUUGUGGAUGUUCGAUAUGCGUCACUCAUGUUUCCACCAUCCCUUUACGACUAUAUUAUUCACACGCUGAAGAAGCAUGCGAUUGUUGUCUUUAACAAAGUGGAUCUAGUCGCACCCGAGGCUGUCGUCGCUUGGCGACACUAUUUCAACGAACACUACCCGGAGCUGCCCAUUGUGCUGUUUGCAUCGUAUGCGGUGCGCAGCCAGAAAGGUACACAGCGUGGUCGCUAUCAGCGUGCUCAUCGUCAGAGCAUGGAGGGAGUCUAUAAUAUCUUUCGCGAGUGUCAACGUUAUGUUCAAAGCGACGUAGAUCUCUCAGCAUGGGAACAAAAAAUUCGUGACGAUAUGCGCAUUGAGCAAGUGGAUGUUGACGAAGCCACGAACAAAACUCAAGUGGAAGGAGAGCUGAAAAUCAGCAAUAUCAUCGACACCACGCCACAUCAGCACGUGAAAUACAACAGCGGUAUUUUAACGGUUGGAUGCAUUGGAUUUCCAAACGUUGGAAAAUCAUCGCUUAUUAACGCCAUCAAAGGACGUAAAGUUGUCAGCGUUAGCCGUACUCCCGGCCACACCAAACAUUUCCAAACCAUAUUCUUGUUGCCGAAUGUGCGCCUUUGCGACUGUCCAGGUGUUGUAUUUCCCUCUUGCACUCCAAAGAGCUUGCAGGUUCUGCUUGGCAGUUUUCCUAUCGCACAGCUGCAAGUGCCUUAUCGUUCGCUCAAGUUGCUGGCUGAGCACAUGAAUCUGCCGCAACUUCUUCGCGUGCAUCUGCCCGAGGACUAUGACGAGUGGUCGGCUGUGGCGCUGGCGGAUGCCUGGGCGUAUAAGCGGGGUUUUCUCACCGCCAAGGCAGCACGCCCAGACCGUUAUCGUGCCGCCAAUCAUAUCUUGCGCAUGUGUCUGGCGGGACAGCAGCAAUUGGUGCUUCAGUUUUACCCACCCGGCUUUCAUGACCAACAAGAAAGCUGGCGGCAGCAUCCCGACUUCGCCGAGGUUAAUAAAUAUCAACAGGUAUAUGCCGAAGAGCCAGAUAGCGAGACUAAUGAGGACACAUCUUCCAUCUGUUCGGACACCGGCGAUAGUGAUGACGAGGACAGCUCUAACGACGAAACAAACGCGGAUGAGGAUGAAUGCGAUAACUCGGAAGCGCGGUCAAACAACGCAUUUAAGCUUCUAGAAGGUGAUUAAGUUAGCUGACAGCUAAUACUU